GUACUUCCAAAAUAACUGUUUUUCUUCCUUCAUUUUCAGGGCUGCCUAAUUGGCUCGCUAAUUCAUUCAAGAUUUGCAGAAAUAAUAUAUUUAAGACCUUAAAUUUAACGUUGUGUUCUACAUGCAAUUACAAUUACAGAAAAAGUAGUUUAUCACAUAUUUACUUUUCUUCUGGAGACCAAGACCGGAAAUUAGCCAUUAGCGGCUAGCUUGACUGCUAACUCCGAAUCAGGCGCAUGUCUCAUAAGUUACACGAAAUAAAUCUUUAUAGCAGAUUAGAUAUUUUUGGACGUGCAGUUUUAGCUCCGCUGCUGUGGUCUCCCGCCUCCCGAAUGAGGAAACAUGCCUGAAAUCAAAGUAACGCCGCUCGGAGCUGGUCAGGAUGUUGGCCGUAGCUGCAUCCUUGUGUCCAUCGGAGGCAAAAACAUCAUGCUGGACUGCGGGAUGCACAUGGGAUACAAUGAUGAUAGACGCUUCCCAGACUUCUCCUACAUAACUCAGAAUGGACGUCUGACGGACUUCUUGGACUGCGUUAUCAUCAGCCAUUUCCACUUGGACCACUGCGGCGCCUUGCCCUACAUGAGUGAGAUGGUGGGCUAUGAUGGACCCAUUUACAUGACCCAUCCCACCAAGGCCAUCUGUCCCAUCCUGCUGGAAGAUUUCCGCAAAAUCACCGUCGACAAAAAGGGAGAAACCAACUUCUUCACCUCGCAGAUGAUCAAGGACUGCAUGAAGAAAGUGGUUCCUUUGAACCUCCACCAAACUGUGCAGGUGGAUGAUGAGCUGGAGAUCAAGGCGUACUAUGCAGGCCAUGUCCUGGGAGCUGCCAUGGUGCACAUCAAAGUGGGAUCCGAGUCUGUGGUUUACACCGGCGACUACAACAUGACGCCAGACAGGCAUUUAGGUGCGGCGUGGAUCGAUAAAUGCCGUCCAGACAUCCUCAUCUCAGAGUCGACUUACGCCACAACCAUCCGCGACUCGAAGAGGUGCCGAGAGAGGGACUUUCUGAAGAAAGUGCACGAAUCAAUAGAAAGAGGUGGAAAGGUUCUCAUUCCGGUCUUCGCCCUCGGACGAGCACAGGAACUCUGCAUCCUGUUGGAAACGUUUUGGGAGCGAAUGAACCUGAAGGCCCCAAUCUACUUCUCCACCGGCCUGACAGAGAAGGCUAAUCAUUACUACAAGCUUUUCAUAACCUGGACCAACCAGAAGAUUAGAAAAACCUUUGUACAGAGAAAUAUGUUUGAAUUCAAGCACAUCAAGGCCUUUGAUCGCUCAUACGCUGAUAAUCCUGGACCUAUGGUGGUGUUUGCCACGCCGGGUAUGCUGCACGCCGGCCAGUCUUUGCAAAUAUUCAAGAAAUGGGCCGGCAAUGAGAAGAACAUGGUAAUCAUGCCUGGAUAUUGCGUGCAAGGAACAAUCGGUCAUAAGAUCCUUAAUGGGCAGAGAAAACUGGAGAUGGAAGGAAGAGCCACGCUGGACGUGAAGCUGCAGGUGGAGUACAUGUCCUUCAGCGCGCACGCGGACGCUAAGGGCAUCAUGCAGCUCAUCCGGAUGGCGGAGCCCCGCAACAUGCUGCUGGUGCACGGCGAGGCGGCGAAAAUGGAGUUCCUCAAGGGCAAAAUCGAGCAGGAGUUCAGUAUAGACUGUUACAUGCCAGCCAACGGAGAAACGGCCACCGUGACCACAAACCCCAGCGUGCCCGUGGAUAUUUCACUCAAUCUGCUGAAGCGGGAGAUGUCUCUCGGAGGGCCUCUUCCCGAUCCGAAGAAACCUCGCACCAUGCACGGGACCCUCAUCAUGAAAGAAAAUAGCCUGAAGCUGGUGUCGUCGGAGCAGGCCCUGAAGGAGCUGGGCCUCAACGAGCAUCAGCUGCGCUUCACGUGCCGCGUGGCGCUCCAGGACCCGCACAGCGACCCCGACACACUCCACAGGAUCUACACACACCUGAAGAGUGUGUUAAAAGGUUACGCCGUCCAGCAUCUCCCGGACGGCACCGUCAUGGUGGAGUCCAUCGUCAUCAAAGUCUCCUCCUCCGCCGAGGACCCCAACACCAAAGUCCUGCUGCUUUCCUGGAGUUAUCAGGAUGAAGACCUCGGGAGCUUCCUGUCGUCACUGUUGAAAAAGGGGCUUCCGUCUGGAUUGUGCUAAAAUGGACUUUUCCUUCAAAAACUUGUAAAUUUACAUUGAAAUUUUCUUUCAAAGUAUAUUUUCAGGCUCCAAACUCCCUCCCAGUGGACACCACUGCCAGUGCUCCCACUCAGUGUUUCUGGCAGUCUUCACAUGUUGAAUGUUCCCUGUCCCUCAUCCUGAUUGGUCUCUUUCAAGAAAAACAAAGAACCGACACUGGAGAUCUUUUUUGAUAUACAGCGUUAAUUUGAAUAAAUAUUUUUACAAAAAAGCUUCAUUUUUGCAGUAGCUGGAGCCAGUGCUAUUUUUCUACAUUUAUUUGUCGUGGGCAGAAGCAUCUUUGUUGCAGCAGUUUCAUCCAGAUAUCUGUACUUUAUUGUAUUUCUGACAAGAUUUUACAUUUGAACACAUAUCUGUCCAUUCUUCUCUUCUUACUAUUCUUAACCUCUUCGGAAAUGACUCAGAGCUAUAUUCACACUGAAGCUGCAACUGGUGAUAAAUUAAGGAGUAGUCUACUUUAACAGUGGUUGGACUUCAGCCACUUCCUGUUAGAAACUGAAACUCUUAAAUAAAACUUUUUUUUUUUCCAAUA